AGCUAUUAAAUUAUUAAAGAAAAGAAUACAAAAAAAUACAAAAGAAGCAAACAAGUGUCCACUAAAGUGAAUGAGGAAACGAUAAUAUCACACAAAGAAGCAAUGAUGGAGAUGGCGCUUCUAUCAACCUUUAACUUCUACUCCUUCAACGUGCUGCUCGUGCUGUCCUCCAACAAGCAAAAAAGAUGGUCUGUGCCGUUCGGCGGACGACUGUCGAUCCUCAUCAAUCGCAGUCAGUCGCCCUCAGAAGACCUCACUCCCCCGAGUCGGGCACCGGAAACGAUGACACCAACGUCACAGUCACCCCAGAGCGAGAGAGCGCCAAUGAAUCAACUGAAUGUUGCUGAAGUGCCCACCCGAGUGCAGCCCCGAAACAAGGGGGAGAAGGAAUGCCGCCCAAAUACUUUAUUGCACACGAUUCGCGUUUGGCCGCUGUGUGUGUGUGUGUCUGAGCUUGCAGCCCCACCCCCUCUCCACACACCGGCGAGCGGGGCAGCUCGGGAACUGGAACUGGUCAGCGUUUGGACAUCCCUGUGGAGGACUUGGAGCAGCCGCGAGCCACGGAGCGAAACCUACGCGGGCGUGCAAAAACGGGGCCAAGCUGGGGCCAAGGCGGUGGGGGGAGAGGUGGAUAUGGUGCGGUAACGCCUAUGACACACAUUUUCCGUGGCCGUGUUUCCGGCCCGGCACGACAAGACACGCGCGCGCCCGUUCAUUUUGCAGAUCUGCGAUCAAUUUGUCCAGUGAGUUAUGAGUCAUACCGCGACAGUGCGCUUGCCCUCCGGGAGCGUGCCUGGGCGGAUUUCUAAACCCGAAGGAAGCGAACGGACAUUGAACAACGAACCAACGUUGAAAUGUUGUGUCCCAAUGCCGCUCCAGCCAGCCAGCUGAAGUGGAAGUGGAGGAAUGUUAAUUGAUAAUUCACGUUGCAUUAACGCCGCUGUUUGACAUCUUUAGCACUUCAUUUACGGAGGGCAGCGAAGCCCUGUUUAGGAGAGCCAGCCCAGUGUGACAGUGCGGUACACAGUGGAGGGGUGGAUUAGGUUUUUAGAUAGGAAGCGAUUGUGUGUGUGUGUGUGGGGAGCAAGAUGGGAGAACUUAAAUGGGUGUAAAAAUAACACUAAAUGCGACACGAGCCGUGGGUGCUGCUGCUGCUGCUGCUGCCGCGCAGACAAGUACAGAAAUGUUUUGCUGGGAAUUUAUUGCAUUUGAAUGUUGAUUUGCUGCUCAAACGGAAUUUGUUGAGGUAAGAUUUCACUGUACUAUACUGUGGCAAUGAGGUUUCUUGUUGAUUUGUGCUAACAAAGUUGUUAUUUAUGCCUUUGGGAAUUGUUCCCCUUUGUGGCCGCUAGAGGGUACUUUACCAGAAGUAAUCGUUUUACUUCUAAACAGAUGAGAUGUUUCAAGUUUCAAGUUCAAGCGCGAAAAACAAACCAAAAUCGAAAUCGGAGUGACCUUCAAAAAUUUGGAGUUUUGCUUGGGCAUUCGUGAUAGAAUACUAAAGCUGAUAGAAAUAUACCGUCAAUGCAUCAAUCAAAAUUAACACACAAAAAUUCGAGAUGAGGAAUUGGUUAAAAUUAUGAGAAAUAGAAAUAUUUGAAUAAUUUUUUUUACAGAAAAUGAUACUAAAGCAAGAUGAAACGGUAUUCACAAUUUCACACAAUUUCACACAAUUUCGGCAGAUUUGCUGUCACCCAAUAGUUCGGCAGGUUUCAUUAUUAAAAGAACCAGAGCACUAUCACAAUGAAAGUGUGGUUUUUAUGAAAGAUUCUAUGCCUGCAGCAGUUAUUCUAGCCCGCUUGGAAUUUUAAAAACGCGAAAAACAAGUUAGUUUUUUCUUUAAAUGCUGCCGAAAAAAGG